AUGUCACAUAUGUCUCUCCUCUCAAAGCAUAAGAGCUCAUUAGACUCCAUAGAAAAAGCUGUUGGAUUGUGUGAUAGUACGGAUGCACGUACGUACAAAGCUGGGAAGAAUUCAAGAGAAGAAUAUGUGAGUGAUUUUGACAACGGGUAUGAGUAUGAUACAACAACUCAUCAUGAGUCAUCAGAGCAUUACGCACCAUUCAUGUCUCAUGGAACUUCAGAAAGUCCAACGGAGAAGCUUCCCCCACGUAAAAGAACAAGAUCUGAGAGAAGUACUUCACAAAAAGAAGAAAGUCCUAUGAUGGUUCUUAGCAGUAAAAUUUUGGAUAUAAUACAACAAAGAGAAGAGAGGCAACAAAAAGAAGUGGCACAAAAAAAAAAUAACGUUUGGGAUGCUCUAAAAGAAAUUUCUGAUUUGGAUAAACGUAUUCGUUUCAAGGCACUUACCAAGAUUUAUCAUUUGGGAAUACAAGACGUUUUCGUGAGCAUGUCGGUGGAAGAGAGGCUAGGAUGGAUUCAAACCAGUAUGGAAUAAACCAGUAGCAUUUUUUUUUUAAGAUUGUUUUCACGUUGCAUUUUUUGAACUUUGUUUUCAUUUUAUUUAUUUUUAAAGUUUUAAUUUGAAAUCACCAAAGGUUUAUGA